GGUGGCAACAGUGGCAUCACCUCAAGGCUUCAACUUUGGCGACUUCGUAGUACAAGGGUUUGUGCUCGUUGUUGGCGCGUCUCGCGAUUUAGGGUUCCAUUUUAAGAUUUGAGGGUUUUCUGUUCUUCUUUUCGAUUCUGAUUUUGGGAUUGAGUUUUCUCUAUUUUCCUCUGCAGGUGGUGGCGCAAUGAUUUUGGAUAGGUUUCUAUGGGGAUAAACGAUCUAUUGUCCUUUGAUUUUAUGGAUUUGUUUUCACCUCAGGCGUAUGUUUCUGUUAUGGAGCAGCUUUACAGUCUUGGAGAAUUGGAUGAAGAGGGCUUGUUAACCAAACUGGGGAGGAAAAUGGCAGAAUUUCCUUUGGAUCCACCGUUGUCCAAGAUUAUGCUUGCCAGUGUGGAUCUUGGAUGCAGUGAUGAGAUUUUGACCAUAAUUGCCAUGAUUCAAACCGGAAACAUUUUUUACAGGCCAAGGGAAAAGCAAGGUCGAGCAUAUCAGAAGAGGGCAAAGUUUUUCCAGCCAGAGGUGACCAUCGUACUCUACUUACUGUUUAUGAGGUUUGGAAAGCUAAGAACUUUUCAGGGCCGUGGUGUUUUGAGAACUUUGUUCAAUCUCGAUCGUUGAGAAGAGUCCAGGAUG